CUAUACAUACGCGCAAAGUUGCGGCCUGGAAAAACGUCAGUCAUUGGAAUAUUGCUACAGUAUAUGUACGGGCGUCGUCUAUAGUUUCACCGCAGCGACGUCGGCGACUCACGGACUCAAGUACUCCAUCAGAUACUGCGCAUUCUUCGGGAAUAACGGAUCGCGGCAUCGUUAGUUCCGCAGCUAUUUUUGCAGCUAAAGGAAAGAGUAAAUAAAUACAGCAAAAAAUGCCGGUGAGAAUAUCGUGGCCCGUGGUCGUAGCGACUGUACACCCGAAUCUUGGUGGUUGGGCCGGUGGUAUCAUUACGAGGAAGAACAUCAACCCGUGGUACGAGUCGCUGAAGAAGCCGACAUGGACACCACCCAAAUGGGCUUUUGCGCCAAUCUGGACUACGAUUUACUGUUCCAUGGGAUAUGCCUCGCACCUGGUAUUACGUGAUAGCGGAAGUUGGGAAAACGCAGCUCUGCCAUUGUCGAUUUAUGGUGCUAAUUUGGCGCUCAACUGGGCUUGGACGCCUAUCUUCUUCGGAGCGCACCAGGUCAAAUGGGCGUUGUACGAAAUAAUUGCUUUAUGGGGUACAACCGCCGCGUUGGGCAUCGUCUUCUACAGAGUGAACCAGACGGCCGGACUUCUAAUUGCCCCCUAUCUGGCUUGGAAUACUCUUGCAGCUGCCCUCAACUAUGUGAUAUACAGAGACAAUGAACUGAACAAAUCCACGGUAACAAUAGAGGAGACGAGCGAGAAGAGCAAGUAAAGAAGCCUUAAUGCUGUUGUUUAGCUCGAUGUUUACCCUAGAGGAUACUUAUUUUUAUGUGAUUGUUAAGCCCUGUUAAGCCGCAAUAACUGCGCGUACUUUAACGUGUCACAUGCGCUUUUGUAUCACGUUUCAUUUUUGUUUAAUAAAAGGAUUUUUGCACUAAAAUCACAA